CUCGCCGUGGCGUGUCGUCCGCGCCGCUCGGCCAGUUGUACGCCCGUGCGCUCCCCCGGCCGGACGGCCUGCGGAGCUCUCGCCCGUGUCCCCCGGCUGGUCCGGGGCGUCCGGGCACCGCCUCGACGGCGGCUCCGCCGGACGCGCGGACUGGACCGCAGCCCGCACCCCGAGCGGACGGCGUCAUGAGGCACCUGCCGUACUUCUGCCGCGGCCAGGUGGUGCGGGGCUUCGGUCGCGGCUCCAAGCAGCUGGGCAUCCCUACAGCUAACUUUCCUGAACAAGUAGUAGAUAAUCUUCCAACUGAUGUAUCCACUGGCAUAUAUUAUGGUUGGGCCAGUGUUGGAAGUGGAGACGUCCAUAAGAUGGUGGUGAGCAUAGGAUGGAACCCAUACUACAAGAAUACAAAAAAGUCCAUGGAAACUCAUAUCAUGCAUACUUUCAAAGAGGACUUCUAUGGGGAAAUUCUCAACGUGGCCAUUGUCGGCUACCUCAGACCAGAAAAGAACUUUGAUUCUUUAGAGUCACUUAUUUCAGCAAUUCAAGGUGAUAUUGAGGAAGCUAAGAAACGACUAGAUUUACCAGAACAUUUGAAACUCAAAGAAGACAAUUUCUUCCAGGUUCCUAAAAGCAAAGUAAUGAAUGGCCACUGAAGGAAAAGCAUCUUAUUUAUUCAUUCACUGUUUUCUAAUAUUUUACUGCUCAUAACUCUACAGUCUCAUCUUGGUUAUAUUUUAAAAAUCAAACAUUUUCCUACAGCUGUGAAUUAAACAGUACAAUGUAGUUACCAUAUUAUGUUCCAGCUGUUCAAUUAAACCCAUCAUGUUACAGUACUAAAAAGGUUCAUUUUAAAAAUCAAGAUUCUUUUUUAUGUAAUGUGUUGAUUAAAAUGUACUACUAGAAAGGUCUUAAGUGUUUUAUAAUGGAAAUGGAAUAUAUAUAAAUAUGGGUAACAGGCUAGUCACUAGUUUGAGAUGAGAACUAUAAUUCUCAUGGUAAAGUUCUAGCAUGCAUGUACCUGUAUAGCAUGCUCUGCUAAUGAGAAGGCUCAUAAAAGUAACUAUAUUAAGCAGAGGUUUGACAGUUUAUUACAAACCUAAGGGGAAAAAAUCCAGACUUCGUAUUUUUGAUACUUUGUGCAUUUAUAUAUUAUUAUAGACAUGAAGACUUGUGAAAUUUCAUUUUAGUUAGUCAUUUCCUUUAAGGGCUCAAAUCAUUGUACUGUGUUCCAUUUUUGUUAAAGCUGCCUCAGUUCUAAUUGGUCUAGACGCUCUCCCUAUUAUUUUUUUGUUUUUCUUUUAAAACAGUAAAGUGAGUGUUUUUCGAAUCUCUAGUUCUCAUUUUUGUGUUGUAUAACACUUCUCUCUUUUUAAGAGUAGAUAUUCUUCAACAUUUUUCUUAACCUUUGUUUCCUGUAAACAGUUGUCAGUGUCAGUUCUUCCAUUUAGAAUAUCCAACUUUACAUUUACAAAAUGUAGAGUUUCAUCUGUGUCUGUAUCUGCCAUCCCAUCGCUUCACUAUAUGAACGGUGAUUAAGUGCAUGUCUCUUGCAUGUUAGAAAAAAUACCCAAAUGUUCAACUGUAGGUUUCCUCAAAGUUUAAACGAACACCUAGCAUCUCAUUUAUAUAUACCAGUUUCUUAAACAACACAAAAUACUUGUUCCCCCCCCCAACCCAGGGAAACUAUUUAAGAGCCAACUAAACUAUGAAAUACAAAGUUACUUGUUUUUAAUGUGACUAUAUGUUCCUGAGCAAAUGCAGACUGUUGUAGUUGUGUGUGCACAAUGUAAUUUAAGGCUAAAGAGUGCUAUCUAGAAGAUAAUUUUAAAGAUAACUCAUUAUAAAACCAUUUUCCCCUAAUCUGCAUAAAUGAGAACUGAUUUUAACAAAACUGUUUAUAUAGUAUUUAGAAGAACUAAUGUUGGAGAAGGGGGAAGCAGGAGUAAAUUCAGUUGGCUUGUUUUGACUUUUUGGUGUAUGAAUUUAUGGCAAACAAUGUAGUAUGUGUCUUUUUCAUUUCUUCUUUAAAGAAAUACUUAGAAAAUGUAAUUUAAUGUUAGAAAUCCUGUACUUGAAAGAAGCCUCAAUUAUCAGUGGUUCUAUGAAACAAAGUUAAAAACAAACAUGGAAAGUGUAAAAAAGAUUUGUGUUUGAGUUGCUUGUGACUGAUUGUGUCCUCAUUAAGUGUGAAAAUUCUUUGAUAUUGUCACCUUACAUUUUGUUAAAUAACUAUUGCUUUUGAAAAGCCUAUAGUAUGUGGUUUAGGAGUUAGUUAAUAGUGUCUACAUUUUUUUAAGUUAUAUAUACAAAGUAUAUAUUAUAAGAAAUUGCAGUAGGGCCAUUUUCGAUUAGUCAGUGUUUUCAGGCCUUGAAGUAAAUCUUGACCAAGUGAUGUUUCUUCUUUUUUUGUGUCAGUUUGAAUCUUUUGCUUUGUCUAUGUAAAUUCCUGAUUUGUUGGUUGAUGGUUACUGGUUACUGUAAGGUGUGUUAGAGGCCCUGAAUAGUGAGUUACAGGCAGCAGCUACAGGGAGAACCUGGCCAGCAGCAGUGGUUCUGCAAACAGAGGCCUUGCCUUUUCCGUCCUUGUAGGUUAGGUCUGAGUACCCUUCCAUAAUCCCUGCUCCAAAACAGCGUUUUGUAACCCUCAUGACUUGUGCCACCAACCCCCUUGCAGUGACUUGGGACUCUUGCCUGUCUCUACUACAUGGAGAAGCUCACAGUGGCUCUUUCAACACUUCAUCACCAGUGCUUUCAAUUAUGGAGGCUUAAAGCCUAGCAAUUAGGGCUGUAACACGGUUCUGAUCAGGGAGAUGUAAGCAGAAGUCUACCUGGAGUUUAUGAAGACAGUUCUGCUUCCCUGGUGAAAGUGCUAGCCUUUUCCUGUUCUCCUCUUACCUGGAAAAUGGAUGGAGGCUGAUAGAGGAGAACCAAUCUGACCUUCUGGGACUGAGCUAGGAAAUAAAUCUACCCUAUAGAAAGAGAUGCCAUCAUAAGCAAGAGUUAGCAGAAACAAAUUACAGAAUAAGCUCUACAAAGAUGACAGAUAUGGGGAUUAUCAGAUAGAGAACUUGAAAUCACUGUAUAAUAUGUGUAAAGAAAUAAGAGUGUCAAAAAUGGGAAAGUAACAAGGUUCUAUAAAAAAUCGGGCAGAUUUACGAAUUGUCAAAAUAGAAUUUAUAUUGAUGAAAAAAUAAUUGAAAUUUAAAGCUCAGUGGACAGGAUAAGUACAGGUUAGACUCAGUUGGUGAGCUGUGAGAUCUGACAGUCUGUGACUGUGCUCUCAUACACCUAUUCUCUAUUCACUCCAAAUUCGCUUCCCAUGCUUUUUGUAAUGUGGCUGUGACUUAACACUUCUUUGACAGUUGGCUUCCUUUUGGGUCAAGUCAUACAUGGACGUUGAGCCCUAGCUUGUGUCAGAGGCAGCUCAGUUCUUGGACUUGCCCCUGUGCUUACUUUCCCUGUUCCUGAGUGUGUAUUUGGGAUAGACAUACCUGACAACUGACAGAAUCCCCACUUUGGUUCCCUGACUGAAACAAGGGCCAAGUAGAAGCCAGAAUAGUAAAGCAAGUCAGUGCUACAUCUCUGGGGAAAUUGCCAAGUGCCAUCAUUAAAAAUACAGAAAGAAAACAAGCAAAAAAAAAAAAAAAAUACAGAAAGAUUCAGGGUAAAGGCUCCUAACAUCUGUUCAGACUGUACAGAAACUUAAUGGAUCUUGGGAAAUGACUGUAUUAUCAGCUAAUCAGGUGAUGACCUCAACUGCAGCUGUUGUCCAGGAUAUAUAAAAUGUCUCAACAGAUUUCUAAGGAUUGGUGUAAGGAACAUAUCACAACAUGAUGGAGAAAAAUCAGUAUUUUUAAAAUACAAAAAUAUCACAAUGGAAAGCUAUGUUGAAAUGAAUGAUAAUAUGCAGUAUGCAAAAAUUUAUAGGAUACAACUAAUGCUAUCAAGAAUUAUAGCUUUAAAUACAUAGAAAAGAAAGAUCAAUAAUCUAAGCUUUGAUCUCAAGCUAGAAAAAGAAUAGCAAAAAAGCCAGACAAAAAUGAGUACACACCGGGCUUCCCUGGUAGCACAGUGGUUAAGAAUCCGCCUGCCAAUGCAGGGGACACGGGUCUGGGAAGAUCCCACCUGACACGGAGCAGCUAAGUCCAUGCAUCAUAACUACUGAGCCUGCGAGCCACAACUACUGAAACCUGUGCGCUUAGAGCCCGUGCUCUGCAACAAGAGAAGCCACCACAAUGAGAAGCCCGUGCACCACAACGAAGAGUAGCCCCCGCUCACUACAACCAGAGAAAAGCCCACACACAGCAACGAAGACCCAAUGCAGCCAAAAAUAAAUAAAAUAAAUUUUUAAAAAAUGAGUAUACACUGUGAUUCUAUAUAAAUUGUAAGAACAGGCAAAACUAUAGCAAAAAUGGUCAGAGUGGUUCUUGAGGACGGGGGUGACAGGAGGAUUAUGAAGGCUGUUGGGUGCUUCUGUCUCACUGUCCUGUUUCUGGAUCUGGGUGAUGGUUGCAUAAUGUGCUCGCUUGUGAAAAUUCAUCAAGCUUUAUACCUACUUGUACACAUUCAAAUAAGGCAAAUGAUGUUCUGUAUAGCUUGGCUGUGAAUAUCAUUUACACAGUCAAGAAUUACAGCACUGAAUUUUUAUGAAGCAAAAUACAUUUAUUGGAAGGAUGAGGAGGAGGGAAGUGUGCAGGGGCAGUGAUGGGAAGAGUUUGGGAAAGAAAUGCUCAUCUUCCGUUAGUGGGAAAUGAAUAGGUAGAUACCUAACCUGAAAACAUAGGAAGCAGCAGUAUAAGCAUCUCCCUUAGAGAUAGGGAGAAAACAUAUAAAAUAACUCAAAGGGUUGAAAUUGCUUGCUUCUAAGGAAUGGGAAAUGGAAUGUGAUGGGAGCAAACUAAUAUUUCUUUUACUUACUAUGUCUUGUUAAAUAAUUUGAUUCCUUAAACUAUGUGCAGGUAUAUCCUGAUGAAAAUAAAAAUUAGCCUUUAGAAAGUUAAUCAUGUAUU